AACUCCAUCCGUACGGCUGGUAAUCGUGCUCCACCAACACCCGGAAGGAGUUGUUUUGCUCGCGCGGGCACUCAAACACACACGGACCGAUCUGCUGGCAGUAAUCCUAUUGCUUCUCCGUGGUUUCUGCCCUGACCCACAGCAGGUAAGAGCGCGUUUGCGUAGCUGCGACGAUGCUGUUCAGAGCCUGCCAGAUGUACAAUGGCCAGCCACCAACAGCGCGCCGACGACGUGACGUAUACGAAACUCCUAGGAGAGGGCGAAGUGUUGCGUUUCGCACGAUUAGCCACGACCGAGAACGGCACCAAAAUCGUUCAACUGCAGCCUGUAACGUUUGCGACAGGAAGCGGCAUCGAUUGGAGCAGUAUCAGAACUUUCACAUAUUGUAAAUUUGAGAGAAGGGACGGCGGUCUCCAACAACUUACGUCUCGAUUGCGCUGUUGAUUCUGUUUUUGUGUCAAGAUUUCGACCUGGUGGGCUUAAACACGAAUGUUUGCAGCUGUCAAAAAGUGACAUUUCCCAGGUCGCCAAAAAGCGAACCAGUCUCACGAAACGGUUGAAGCGGUUGUGGUCACGAAAGUGGCAAAAAAUUGCCGUUUUCGAUGCGUUUGCAAACUCUAUCAAAUUAAGAGAAAAUUUGUGAAAGAUUGCUUCGAAAAAUUCAAUUUUACAUCGAUCUCAUCCUCUAACAAACUGCAACGAUUACCAAUUGCCUUCAAAUUGCCAACAGCUCACGCAGGUGAGCAAUCGGCUCACGCAGUGAGAACGGCUUCUCACUCGCUAAAAAACGUAAACAAAACAAACUCUUAUCAAAAACACCCUCGCGAUUGUGCAGAUUGCAUCAGAAGCAGCAACACAAAUAAGCGUGAUUCCUUCCGCUGUGCGGUUCAGCUAUCUCGAUGGGAACGACCACAGACGUUAUUAAAGUGCAGCGGGCCGUGCACGAUCCCAAAAACCCGUUAGUGUAUCUGGAUGUAAAGGUUGGCGAGGAGAGCGUCGGUCGAAUCGUGAUUGAGCUGCGGGCGGAUGUAGUGCCACGGACGGCGGAAAACUUUCGCGCCCUGUGCACGGGAGAGCGUGGCAUUGCGCCCGACACCGGCACGCGACUGCACUACAAGGGCAGUCCGUUUCAUCGGGUGAAAUCGUUGUUCAUGUCGCAGGGUGGUGAUAUCGUGCACUUCAACGGCACUGGCGGUGAAAGCAUCUACGGUAAAACGUUUGAGGAUGAGAACUUUACACUGCUGCACGAAGAUGGAGCAGUAUCGAUGGCAAACUUGGGCAAAGCGCACACCAACAAUUCCCAGUUCUUCAUAACGUCGGGCGAGUGUCCCCACCUGAACGGGACGAACGUGGUGGUUGGGUACGUGAUACGCGGUGGUGGCAUUGUCGGUGAGAUGGAGCGACACUCGAACGAUGACGGUGACCCACUCGUACCGAUCGUGAUCGAGGACUGUGGCCAGAUAGCGCCCGGUGACGAUUGGCGCGUUAGCGAUGACGACGAUGAGGUUGACCGCUUGCCACCGUUUCCGGAAGAUUGGGACAGAUUCUACGACGAGUUUACCGUGGACGAGAUGCUGCACUACUUGAACGCCAUUCGCUCCGUUGGCAACCGGUACUUUAAGGCGGAUCAGUUCGUGCGGGCCAAUCGGCGGUACAAGAAGGCGGAACGGUACUACAACUUUUUCACCAACCAGCUGAACAAACUGUCCCCGCGUCGGGACGGAACACGCACACUGUUGGCCGACUUUCAGCUGCUCAACUGUCUCAAUCAAGCGGCGGUACGUUUGCGGCUGAAAGACUACCCGAGCGUGGUGGGCGCCUGCAAUGCGGCCCUUGCGAUCGAUCCGGACAACACGAAGGCGCUGUACCGGCGUGGCAUUGCGCAGAACGAGCAGCGCAACUACGAGCAGGCGCUGGACGAUCUGGGCCGAGCGCUGAAGCGGAUACCGGACGAUCGGUUGAUCCAGCACGAGUACGAGCGAUCGCGCAAGAAUCUGCAGCAGUACACGCAGCAGCAGCGGAAAGCGUACGCCAAAAUGUUCCAAUAAGAAUGGGUUCGUACCAUUUGUCCGUUUGUCGAUCUUUGCUAUACCUUUUGGAUACAUGUUUCAAUGUAUGUGGUGGUGUUCGUUAUGUGUAAGGCUUUCGGAAACGCUUGUUCUCCAACCGCAGAUGAUUGUUGUUAAUAAAUGUUAAGCAAACGUA